CACGCCCCCGUCCGCGAGGUGAGUUUUAAGCACAGUGACUUUCCAGCACGCGCAUCAUCCCAGCAGCGGCUCAGUGAUCAGAAGUAACUCAGACCGGAGGAGGGUCACUGAGGUCUGAGCACGAAACGCGAAGUAAACAAACAUGUCGUACGCCAAGUUAGUGUCUGCGCUCGUCAGGGGGAACUCGGGCCAACUGCGCGUCUCGUGUGGAAGAUGUCGAUCGACGGUUGCCUCCACCAAGAGCCGGGAGGAGAAGGAGCUGAGCGGCUGCGCUGUGGUGGAGGCGCAGCCCGUGGAUCUCAUCUCUCAGACCAAGAGCGCUGCGGACUCACCGCUCAGCAAAAUCCACAUCGACUUUGACAACACCAAAGAAGCGUACGAGAGUAAAGGCAACGCAGAACUGAUCCGGAGUCUGCUGGUGUUCAAGCUCUGCACUGUUGACCUGCUGGUGGAGAAGAACAAAGAGUUGAUGGAUCUGAGUAGGAAGCUGCUGGGCCAGUGGAUGUUUGAGAAGCUCAUGAAGAUGACCUUCUACGGCCAGUUUGUGGCAGGGGAAGACCACGAAUCCAUCAAACCUUUGAUCCAGAAGAACCAGGCCUUCGGAGUGGGGGCUGUUCUUGACUACAGCGUUGAGGAGGACCUGACCCAGGAGGAGGCGGAGAAGAAGGAAAUGGAUUCAUGUGUUUCUGAAGCAGAGAAAGAAAGUCCAGAUGCUGAUCAUCGCGAGAAGAAAUAUAAAGCCCACCGACAGUUCAGUGACAGGCGCGGGGGCGUCAUCAGUGCUCGCACCUAUUUCUACGCAGAUGAGGCCAAAUGUGACAACCAGAUGGAGACAUUCAUCAAAUGCAUUAAAGCCUCCGGUGGCGCCUCUGUUGAUGGAUUUUCUGCCAUCAAACUCACCGCUCUGGGACGCCCACAGUUCCUUCUCCAGUUUUCUGAAGUCCUGGUUCAAUGGAGAAACUUCUUCAACUUUCUCGCAGCCCAACAGGGAAAAUCUGAAAUGAUGCUUUUGGAACAAAAGCUGGAGCUGGAACAACUCAAAGAAAGUUUGACUCAGAUGGGAGUUGGAGCCAAGGAUGACAUAGAGAACUGGUUUACUGGAGAGAAGCUGGGUUUGUCUGGAACAAUUGAUCUGCUUGACUGGAACAGUUUGAUAAACGACACGACGAAGAUAUCCAAUCUACUCAUGGUGCCAAAUCUUGAGACAGGUCACCUGCAGCCAUUGUUGAAGAUGUUCACGGACGAGGAAGAGAGACAGAUGAAGAGAAUGCUGCAGAGGGUGGACGUUCUGGCCAAGCAUGCUGUGGAGAACGGAGUGAGGCUAAUGGUGGACGCUGAGCAGACAUACUUCCAGCCGGCUAUUAGUCGACUGACCCUGGAGAUGCAGAGGAUAUUCAACAAAGAAAAGCCAAUCAUUUUCAACACCUACCAGUGUUACCUCAAGGAAGCCUAUGACAAUAUCACUGUGGAUGUGGAGCUGUCACGGCGAGAGGGUUGGUACUUUGGUGCCAAGCUGGUGCGUGGAGCCUACAUGUACCAAGAGAGAGCCAGGGCCGAGGAGAUUGGCUACGAGGACCCAAUCAACCCGGACUAUGAGGCCACCAACAGGAUGUAUCACAAGUGUUUGGAUUACAUGCUGGAGGAGAUCGAGCGCAGCAGGAAAGCAAACAUCAUGGUCGCAACGCACAAUGAGGACACAGUGAAAUUCACCCUUGAAAGGAUGAAUGAGAUGGGCCUUUCACCCACUGAGAAUAAAGUUUACUUUGGACAGCUGCUGGGCAUGUGUGACCAGAUCAGCUUCCCACUAGGUCAAGCUGGUUUCCCGGUCUACAAGUAUGUUCCGUAUGGCCCAGUCAAUGAGGUCAUUCCCUAUCUGUCCCGCCGUGCUCAGGAGAACCGCGGCUUCAUGAAAGGAUCGCAGAGAGAGCGCAGCCUGCUGUGGAAAGAGCUGAAACGCAGGCUGCUGUGUGGCCAGAUUUUUUACACGCCUGCCUACUGAGUUACAGUACAGCAACGUUAGCAAUGCUAACAGAGGUUAAUCUCUGUAAUCAUUCCACCUCCUGAACUGAACUGGACCAUCACCUGAUAGCUGCUCUGAGUAGCUAUCAUGUGAUGUCCCUCGUGUGCCUGUUAGGGUGCAAGGUUUUGAAGAAUGUUUGCAGUACAUCGUCUGUAAUAGGGAUUUAUCUUAGAAAAGGGAUUUAUUUAACUAGAAAAACACUGCUGAUCCAUUAAGAAGUGAUUCAUAUUUCAGCACCAUAUGCUUAAUAGGUCAGCACCAGUUUAUUUUAGUUAGACCUGGACAAUGUGAUCCUCAGAUUUAAUCUGCAAAAGCAUAAAAACAAUUUUUAAUGGACCUUUGUAAACAUUUAUUCUGAUAAGAAGGAAUUCUUUUAGUAGAGGUUAAGAAAAUGAUGUUGUAUGUUUACCAGAUGUGGCCUACUUGUAUAUAUUUAUAACAGUGCUCAAGUGCUUUGAUGAUGAAAGACACUUUUUUUAUGUUUUGUUCAUUUUAUUUUUCUUAGCUGUCACUCAAAGUGCCUUAUGAUGGUUGACAUAAAAUUAAUCAAAAGCAAUCAGCUACUGUACCACUUAUCGUCACUGUACACUCCUCCAGCAGGAUAAUAAAUUAUUCUAGCAUGUUUAUUGCUGUUAUUUUAUGUAAAUGUAUUAACAGUUGUUGAUCACUGUACACCACAGGGUUUUAAUUAUAUAAAAAUGGUUUGAAU